CUUCUCUUAUUCUUCAGAACACUGGAUAAACACUUACGCCUCAAACAGCCCUUCUACCUACACCGUAGAUCAGGUGAAUCUAUUUUCUUCAAAGCCUUUACGAUAUUACAGUCAACACGAUUCGUGGUGACAGUGGGGUCUUCCGACAAAGAGACAAUCUCAGAAAAUUAUAAGUUGAUCUAUCACACCCAUCAAUAUGGAACCCAAAGGCAAGGAGACAAGUAGAGAACUCGCUCAGACUCGUCCAAGUAGAGAUCGUUCCCGCAAUAUCUUUUCUACGAAAAACAGUUCCGAAGACCAACAAGAAUCUAAAGACACAGAAUCCACUAUGGAUAGAUCGGAAAGCCAGCCGUGCACCUUUGCGGACGUCGCAGUCUCGUAUCGCGUCUACGUACUUGAUGACCUUCUUGCAGAACCUCAGGAGAUUGUUCACGACUGGAGCCGGAAUCUGCUUUACAUAAGUCAACGUCACAGACAGGGCAACAAUUUUGCCCCCAUUGAACUAUCUCAUGAAAUCUCUAUCUUCGAUGUUUCGGUUGGGGAUAUUACUUCGACGAUCGACAUCAGGCCAUAUGCUGGACCGCAUUGCAUGGAGUUGGACGGAUCGUGCUCUUAUAUUCACGCUCAUGUGGACGGAGGAACCAUUUGGAUUGAUCCGGAGUCGAGGUUUGUGACCAACUUCGAACCUGCGCAGAAAAGGAGACGUGAGGGGAGAACAAGCGAGGAUUUCAUCGCCGAAAUCGACCUCAGGUCUGGAAAGAUGCGCCAGAGAGUCAAUGUGCCGGAGGGCGAUAGACAUUCUAGCGAUGGACGUCACGUCACCUUUUCUGCCCCGGCAAUCAGAUUUGCAAGUCGAUCAUCUAGCAGUGGACUUCCAGUAGUGGAUGUUGUUAGCGAUCCAAUCAUCGAUGCCAUCCGAACCAAAUUUUCCGUUCGGACUAUCUAUGUCACAUCUCGAAAUAUUAUGUUGGUUUAA